CACUACGAUCGAGCAUUGCAACUCACAGACCGUCAAUGGGCAAUUGCGCGCCCUACACAACAAGGACGGAAGCUUCUUCACCGCCGCAGAGCGGCCUGGGUUACCGGGAACCGGAUGUCUGGAGGCGUCGGACACUGGUGGCCGACAACUCGUCAGCUGCCACUGCUCUUCAGCCGAGGUUCAGGCAAGCAUCCCUGGAGCGAGGGAUAUCGCCACCCGAGAGGCGGCCAUCUCUAACUGCAAGAACUCAAAGUAAUCAGCAGCAACAAUUCAUCGGAAGGCCACCGCCUCCGCCACCGCCGCAGCCGGUCAACCGGAGAAAUAGCUCCAAUGACAAGCGGAGCCAAUUGACGAAGAAAUACGCCUACAUCCCAGACAACUACACCUCCCUUGAACAGGUCACAGCUGCCCUGAGAGAAGCUGGAUUAGAGUCAUCAAAUCUAAUUGUCGGGAUUGAUUUCACUAAAAGCAAUGAAUGGACAGGGAAGCACUCUUUCAGAGGUCAGAGCUUGCACAAGCUCGGAGAUCAGCCAAACCCUUACGAGCAAGCCAUUACUAUAAUUGGCAAGGUUUUGGCUCCGUUCGACGACGACAACCUCAUUCCUUGCUUCGGAUUCGGCGACAUGACAACUCACGAUACACAUGUGUUCAGCUUUCAUCCUGAUAAUUCGCCUUGCCACGGAUUUGAGGAAGUUUUGUCCUGCUACAAGAAGAUCGUUCCUCACCUACGAUUAGCAGGGCCUACUUCCUUCGCGCCGAUCGUGGAGGCAGCCGUCGACAUUGUCGAGAGAAACCAUGGGCAAUACCACGUUUUGCUCAUCAUCGCAGACGGCCAGGUCACUCGCAGCGUCGACACAGACGACGGCGAGCUCAGUCCGCAAGAAAAGAAGACUAUCGACUCGAUUGUGAUGGCGAGCGCCUACCCCUUGUCGAUCGUGCUCGUCGGCGUCGGCGACGGACCUUGGGACGACAUGAAGAAGUUCGACGACAAGCUUCCCGCCCGCGAUUUUGAUAAUUUUCAGUUCGUCAACUUCACCGCCAUCAUGGGGAGAAACGCGAGCGCAGCGGAGAAGGAAGCAGCCUUCGCCCUCGCCGCUCUCAUGGAGGUCCCUCUCCAGUACAAAGCUACCAUGGAGCUCGGCAUUCUCGGGCAAGUGACAGGGAAGGCCAAGAGAGUCGUGCCGAGGCCGCCUCCGUUGCCGGCUGCACAAACACAGAGGUCGUACGUGCCUCAGCAAAGCAGACGGCCGGAACGCAGCAGCACGUUGCAGAGAAGCAGCAGCAGCCCAGCGCAAAGUAGCAAUGACGACCAGAGCCAGACUUGCCCGGUUUGCCUGACCAAUGCCAAAGACUUGGCCUUUGGAUGUGGCCAUAUGUGUUGCAGAGAUUGCGCUGAGAGCUUGAUCAGAUGCCCGAUAUGCAGAACGAUUAUAACGUCACGCUUGAGGGUGUACACAGGAUGAAUCAGGCAUGCAUGCAGUUGUGUUGUUUAUUGUGGUUUGGUGAUGAAAAUAUAUAAUAAAUGUAAAUUUCUAAGGCAGCUAGAUAGCAAAUUAUCGCUGAAUAAUUCUACUCGUGGAAUCUUGUUGAUUUAGUCUUGAUUGUUGAUUAA